AGAGAGGGCUACACACACAUACAUACACAUACACACUCACACCCCGACACUCUCACAUUGGGUACUUAGGAAAAGUGGGGGACGAGAGGGGAGACGGUCAGUGGAAGUCAAGUAGCGAAGGGAACCGGGAGCAGAUUGUGAGCGCGAGGGGGACGCGGAGCCCCGGCAGCCGUCCGGGACGCCCGAGCGCCGCGUCCCCGGCGGCGGCACGGCCGGGGAUCCCCAGUGUCUGGUCGCUGAGGAGGGCAGCUGAUCUCGCUCCGCCCUCGGACGUGUGCCCGCGGUGGGGUAUGUGAGGGUCCCCCCAGAGGGCAGGGGGCGGAGGGAGUCAGUCGGCUGCGCCCCUGUGAGGGGCGGCGGGUUCUGCCUCCCAGGCGGCCCGGGCGGCCGCGGCGGUGCAUGUGUGGUCGCUGGAUGCGGAGGAGGCGGCGGCGGCGGCGGCAGCAGCAGCAGGAUGUUAGGGCAGCAACAGCAGCAGCAGCAGCAGCAGCAGCAGCAGCUGUACCCGGCGGCCGGGCUUCUGGCCGGGGAGCGGGGCCGGCUACUCUCCUGCUACGUGCAGGACUACCUCGAGUGUGUGGAGUCUUUGCCCCUGGACAUGCAGCGGAACGUGUCCGUACUGCGAGAGAUAGACACCAAGUACCAAGAAGCAUUAAAGGAAAUUGAUGAUGCUUGUGAAAAAUAUAAGAAAGAAAAUGAUCCACAUCAGAAGAAACGCCUUCAGCAGAAUCUUCAGAGAGCAUUAAUAAACAGCCAGGAACUUGGUGAUGAGAAAAUUCAAAUUGUCACACAAAUGCUUGAGCUGGUAGAGAACCGGGCAAGGCAAAUGGAAUUGCAUUCACAAUGUUUUCAAGAUCCUUCAGAAAGUGAGAGAUCUUCAGAUAAGACAAAGAUGGAUUCCAACCAACCAGAAAGAUCUUCAAGAAGACCUCGCCGACAGCGCACCAGUGAAAGCCGUGAUCUCUGCCACAUAGCAAAUGGGAUUGAAGACUGUGAUGAUCAACCACCUAAAGAAAAGAAAUCCAAAUCUGCCAAGAAAAAGAAACGUUCAAAAGCCAAACAGGAAAGAGAAGCUUCACCUGUUGAGUUUGCAAUAGAUCCCAAUGAACCUACAUACUGCUUAUGUAACCAAGUGUCUUAUGGGGAAAUGAUAGGAUGUGACAAUGAACAAUGUCCAAUUGAGUGGUUUCAUUUUUCAUGUGUUUCACUUACUUAUAAACCAAAGGGAAAAUGGUAUUGCCCAAAGUGCAGAGGAGAUAAUGAGAAAACGAUGGACAAAAGUACUGAAAAAACAAAAAAAGAUAGAAGAUCGAGGUAGUAGAGACCAUCCACAUUUUAAGGGAUUAUUUGUCUUUUAUAUAAUUCAUUUACUUUACAGAAAAUGUUUUAGGAUAAAUGCAUAAGGCUAUGCAAUAAUUUUUAAUCAUUAGUAUUAAUGGAGUAUUAAAAGUUGUCGUACUUUGUCUGUGGUUUACUUUUCUGCACUGAAUAACCAAAUGUUUUAAAGCCAGGUGGUCUUAGAAUAACACAUGGAAAGAAUUAGGAACAGUGGGAAUAUGGUGUGAACAGGUUGCUUUUAUUUUUUUCACAAAUUAUACAUAUCUCAUUGUCACUUAAAAUGGAAAUGUUAAUGGGUAGACACCAAAGGUUUAUUAGCAUUUAAUUCUUCUCUACACUUUAAAAGUUUUUAGACUCUUCAACUGAUGUGAACUCUUUUACCUCUGGUAUAGUGAACCUUAUCUCUAGUCUCAUGAAGACGUAUUUGAGGAGCUAGAGAGGAAAGUUAAUUUAGGAUUCCAUGUGGAAUAAUGUACUCUUAUCAGAGUACCUUGCUGUUGCAUUUUUCUUAGCAGCAUUUUGAUACACUGUCAGUAACCCAUUUGUAAAUGACUCCUUUUCACAAAAGCAGCUAUUAAUCCGCCUGUGUUUUAAAAUUUAAAAAGUUCUCCUUAAUAAACUUGGGCACUACAGAGUAGUUGGUAUACCAAAAAUACUACCGUUAGUUUAGAGUGACAUAAUAUAAGCUUGUGUAGCAGUAUGGGUUCACAUUGUUUUGGGGCAUUCUUAAAGGUGUAUUGUAUUUCCUGAUACUAAAAACAAUAACAAAUACCCCAACUCUGAAUUUCUGUGUGAUCUGCUGGAAUGCGUGGGUAUCAUUCUAAUCAACUGGAAAGCAAUAUAGUAGUUCUUAAUAUCUGUAUACCUACGGUUGUUUUAAAUAGUUUUGCUGUCAUUUAAACAAUUUGCCUUCAUUUAAACAAUUUCCAACAGUGAUGACACAUCAUUAUUUUAACUUAAUAGUUAUAUUAAUCCUCUUGAUUUUCUCAUAUUGGUGCUCCCUAAUAUGUUUGCUUUGAAUGAAUAUGAUUUUAAGAAAAUGCAGUUAAUCACGUGUUUCUAAAAUGGGUUUUCUAAGAAUCUUAUCUGUUGAAGGGUGUAUGUUGGGGGAUUUUUGUUUGUUUGGGGGCUAUACCUUUAUGUGUAAUCUGCCUUAUACUCUUUUUUUUUGUUUCUGAGCUUGACAAUCUUGAUUCUUAUUAACCUGGUAAAACCCUGUUUGGGUCUAAGAAGUGUUUACUGUGUAAGCAACAGGAUGUUGAAGAAAGAGCAUUAUUAGACUCUUGAGAGUCAGACUAUGAUUCUAAUUCUGACCCUGACACUAAAACUAGCCACUUGAUGUUAGGCAAAUUGCUCAGCUUCUCUGGUCCAAAAUUGCCUCCUUUGUAAGGUGAUAAAUUUGAACUAAAUGAUCUAUGAAGUCCCUUACAACUAAAAUUCUCAUUUUCUAUACCGAUUUGAAUUAGAGUGAAGAUUUUAAAAGCUAGUAAAAUGGAUAUUAUUUUUUUCAAAAUGCAUUUUCAUUGAUCUGAAAUGUGCAGGCAUAUAAAGACAUUGUAGCAAGUGGGAAGAAUUCAAUCCAAUACCUAGUUUUGAUUGAGUAGAAAUGAUCUUAUUAAUCCUGGGGAAAACAUCAGAAAACACGAUUAAGAAUUCUUUUUUUUAUACAGAAAAAAUAAGUUAUAACAUUAAGAAAUUCCUUUCCCAGUCAAUAGGAUUAGAACCUUUCUUAUGAUACUUUUGUAAUAUAAGUUUUUGUUACUGGAUUGUCACAAGAUUGUUUUUUAUAUUUUUUUUGUGAUUUUAUUUAUAUACAUAUAUAUGUACAUGUACACAACACACACAGAAGUACUUAAUGGUUUCAAAGUGCUUUCAUAUAUUUGUUGUACCAGCUGAGAACAAGUGGAGAAAAUACAUAUGUGUGGGUGUACAUCUAUAUGUAUAUAAAUGCGUAUACACACACAGUGCUUUGCAAGCUUUCAGGUGCUAUAUCAAUGCUAUCAGCUAGAACAAUAACACUAGUUAGUACAAGCAUAAACCUGGUUUAAUUGUAAUCUGCCCAAUGAAAGUUGAUUAAAAUAGACUUGUUUUGAGUACUAGGAUAGUGAUAACUUAUGUCUAAUAAGCCUAAUGGGAAAGAAAGGAAAAUAAUUGCCUGGAAGUUUUACUUCUAAGUGUGGCAUAUAUUGAGGCUCAGUACUUUUGAAAACCACCCUUAUUUAGUUUUUAGGGUAAAUGUACUUUUACUCUUAGCAUCUUUAUUUUGGAUUUGAAGAAUAGCUGGCAACUCCCAAUCUUGGAUAAUUAGGUUGUGUCAGCACUGGACUGUAUAAGAGUUUCUCUUCUUCAUUCUUCUAGUGGGGGGAGUAUAGCAUUAACAAAAAACUGGGAAUCCAUAAAGAACGAAAAAGUAUUUAAUUGCUGAUACAAAAUGAACAGUUUUUAACAAAUUUUCUUCUUUAAAAUUUUUCAAGUCUUACUGACCCCAAACAAGUUCUUAAAUAAUGCUACCCACUUAACUAUUUUCCAAGGUCAUACAACAUCCCCCCCAACAACAACCCAACCACAAUCUCCACUGUACCUAGAAUCAAACAAUCUAUAAAGUCUGUGACAGAGGCCAUUCAGAUGCACCUUUAGAAAUGGGAGACUUCUCUCUUUAAAAAAACACCACUACAUUUCUUGGUUACUUCUCUCUGAUGCCUUUCUCCACCUCCCUCAAUAGAAUUCCUCCUUUGGAUUCUUGGAUUGUAACAAAUAAGUAGAGUUAGAGUGAGUUAACACUGUUGGUCAUGUCUGAGAAUGUGUAUGCCAUUCUGGCAGAAGGCAUAUAACACCCUCAGGCCUCAGUAGUCAUGAGGUCAAUGUGGAUUCUUAGGCCUUCUAAUGUUUUUCUUUACAUUUUGGUGGCCAUUGUGUAUAUUAGUCUGGGUCUUGCUUAUUUUGCUCUGCAUCAGUUCACAUAAGCCUCAUCAAACUUCUCUAAAUUCUCCAUAUUAUUUCUUAGGUUACUGUAACAUUCUGUUACACUUAGAUACUACAAUUUGUUUAACCAUCCCCCAAUUGAUGGUUAACAACUUUUCUUCUAGUUCUUUGAUGCUACAAAAAAACAAUAUGCUGUUAUGUUUUUAUGUAAUAUAUGUGUAUAUAUACAUAUAUAAAUCUUCCCCUGUACCUUUUAUUCUUUUAAACAUUUGCCUAGAAGGAAAAUCAAAGGGUAUAUACAAUCUAGUGGCUUUAAAAAUAUAUAAUUAAAAAUGGUUUCCCAGAGCCAUUAUACCAUUCCUUAAAUCGCCAACAGUGCAUUAGUGCUCAUUAUUUUCCAAAGUAUCCCAUUUUAUUUAUGGACAGCUCAAAGUUUGGUAGUUAGGAAGUUGGUAGUAGGAGUGUCCUUAUUUUGAGCCAAAAUGUGCCUCUUACCCUGUUGAUCUUUUACAUACUUAAUAGAUUGUUAAGUUCCUGAGGCAAGGGAUUGUUUCAUUUUUGUCUUUGUAUUUACAGUGCCUUCCCCAAAGGUGCUUAAUAAAUGCUUUUUGAUUGUUCCAAUUUGUUCCUUCUAAAACCCAGCAAAAUGGUUGUAAAACUUAUAAGAUGGCCCUUUUAAAUAUUUGAGGGCAGCUCUCCAGCAGGGUUCCCCUUCCCUCCUCCCCAAAUAGUCUGUUCUCUAGACUAAAUAGUACUGUGAUUCUUUUGACUUGAACCUCAUAUGCAUGGUUUUAAAUCCCCUUUCAUUGUUCUAUCUUGAUAAUCCCUUAUCCAAACUAUGACAAUAGUUCAUCUGUGAUUUGACUAGAGCAAAGUACAGUUAGGGAUAUAAUCUUCCUUGUUCUUUCACUAUAGGCAGCUAGUGUACAGCCUAAGUAAGAUCUUUUGAACACUUAAGGCUGUCGGUCAUAUUUUAUAUGCUUACAAUCCAUUGGAACCUCUUAGUAAUUUUCACAUGAACAUUUGUAUUCAAAUCUAGACAUUCUAAGUCUAGAACUUAAUCAGUCCUCUAUUAAAUGACAAUCGAUUGGUGAGGCAGCCUCACAAUGAAAAAAGCUUAUCAAUUUAGAAUAGCUAAAUGUUAAUUCAGAUUGUGACCCUAAUAGGGUGUUCAUGAGGAAAACUUUUUGUAAAACUUAAAGGUUAAGAGUUUUUAUUCCACCCAUUGCUAUAAUUUUUUGGGAUUUGGGGGUCCUAAUAAUAGUCCACACACACAAUGAUGAAGGUGUGGGGAAGAGAGGGUUAGUUAAUUUGCAUAAAGUCAUGACAGUAAGUGAGAGGAAUUGAUUGGUAUUUAACUCCAAAGUUCAUCAUUUAUCUACUAUCCUACAUUUCUUCUCAAGUCAUUGGUAAAGACUGGAAAAUAGAACAGAACUCUCUGAUGUUGUGCUAGAGACCUACAGGUUACCACCAAUCUUUUUUUCCCCCCAGAGAUUGUUAAAACUUUUUUUGUGUCGAAUACCUCUUUGUCAAUUUGGUGAACCUUAUAGACUUUUUUUUUUCCCACCAUGUUUUUAUUUAGAUGCAUAAAAUAUGUAGGAUUACAAAGGAAACCAAAGGUUAGCAAAAAUAGACAUUUUUUUGUAUCUAAAUUUAUGGAUCCCCUGAAAUCCACGGACUUCCAUGUUAACCCCAAUCAACAGUUCUUGGCAUUCUGUUCAGUGCCAAAUCUUCUGUUUAUCCAGCCUUUAUCCCCACAUCUUGUUCAAAAUCAUAAGAGACUUGUCAAAUGCCUUGAUAAAAUUUAGUUAUCCUAUCUAUGCCUGUGACAUUUUCUUGGUGAACGAUGGAUAGUUUCAUAGGUCAUCUAAUUCAAUCCCUUUUGCAGAUGAAGUGGGGUCUCUGGUGAUGUAGCAUAACCACAUUAGGAGCUUGAUUCUACUACAGUGUUCUUUUUGCUAUAUUAUCCUAGCUUGAACUCUUCCUUCUGAGAGAUCACGCACCAUUCCUUUAAUAGGACUUUCCAGAAUCUUGCCAAAAAAAAAAAAAAACAA